AUGGCUAGCGUGUGUUCGUUCGUGGAGGAGGAGUACAUCGACCUGGAUCUCAGCUCGUGCGGGGAGUUCGAGUUCCAGGUGCGCCGGAGUGGAGCGGCGGACGAGCUUCUAUGCCGGGGCAGGCUGCAGCCGCCGCCGCCGGCGGCGGCUGCCCCGCACAAGGCCGCGCCACCGAGGCCUGGCCGCAAGGCGCAGGAGGUUGACGUCGGCGGCGGCGGCGGCGGCUGCGGUGGCGCCGGCAGGAGGAACGCCGCGACAGUGGCGCCGCUGCAGCACUCGCACUCCGCUGGGUGCCGCGACGACGACACGCAGCCGGUGGCGAGGCUACGCACCGAGUGCUCCCGCCGCAGGAAGGCGGCGCGGACGGUGCACGCGAAGCUGCUGGCGUCCCGGGCCUUCUUCCGGUCCCUGUUCGCCAGGACCUCGUGCUCCGACGAGCAAUGCCGCGGGGCCGAUGUCCGGGCCAGCACCAGAGCGGCUGCGGCACCACUCGGCGAGACGAAGAGCACCGCCUGCAAGGCGGCGUUUGGCCAGAUCAAGAACGGCUACGGCUACGGCUACGGCUACCACAGCGGCAGCGUCAAGGCGGCGCCGACCACCCUGCGGAGCAGCAUCGAGCAGGAGAAGCUGAUGGACGAGGAGGAGCUCGCCGCGGCCGCGGCGGCCGCCGCCCGCCAGCGCAAGUCCUUCUCCGGCGUGAUCAAGUGGCGGCACGCGAUGGCAACGGCAGCGGCGGCGGCUCCCGCCGCGGCGCCGGCGAAGCCGCUGUCGUCGUCGUCGGCGAGGAGGAGUUCCGGAGUUGGCGGCGGGCCGGCGCUGAAGCGGAGCAGCAGCGCCCGGUCGGAGUCGGAGGGGCUGAUCCAGGGCGCCAUCGCCUACUGCAAGCGGUCGCAGCAGCAGCUCGGGCUCGCCAGGAAGAGCGUCAGCGACGCCGCCCUCUGCUCCGCCUCCGCGCCUUCCUCCUGGCCUAGCAACCCGGCUCGAUCAGCUGUAGUAGCGUACUGCCACUAG